CACACGCUACUUCAUGACCCAGGUGGAGGAGAAGCAGUACGCUGUGGAUCAGAACCUGUUGAAGGAGUACUUUCCCAUGGAGGUGGUGACUCGGGGGCUGCUGGACAUCUACCAGGAGCUGCUGGGUUUGUCCUUCGAGCUGGUGGCCGGAGCCGCCGUCUGGCAUCCUGACGUCACUCUGUACUGCGUGAAAGACCGUGGCAGUGGACGGAUGGUGGGACAGUUCUACCUGGACCUCUACCCAAGGGAGGGGAAGUACGGGCACGCCGCCUGCUUCGGCCUCCAGCCCGGCUGCCUCCUGCCCGACGGCAUGCGGCAGAUGUCGGUGGCGGCCAUGGUGGCUAACUUCAGCAAGCCGACGGCCGAUGCUCCAGCCCUCCUGCAGCACGACGAGGUGGAGACGUACUUCCACGAGUUCGGCCAUGUUAUGCACCAACUGUGCGCUGAGGCGGACUACGCCAUCUUCAGCGGGACUCAUGUGGAGCGAGACUUUGUGGAGGCUCCGUCUCAGAUGUUGGAAAACUGGGUUUGGGAGAAGGAGCCUCUGCAGAGGAUGUCGAAACACUACAAGACGGGCAGCAGCAUCCCCGAGGAGCUGCUCGACAAACUCAUCAAGUCCCGGCUCGCCAACACCGGUACGUACCGCAGGCCACUUCCACCAGUACUACACGUACUACUGCAGUACUACACGUACUACUGCAGUAGCAAAU